ACACUUUGUUCUGUCCUAUAAAUUAAAGAGACUCUUAUGUCUCUCUCUUCCUCACCCCCUGGCCUCCAUCUCUAGUCUCCAUCCUCCAUCUGCUAAUUCCUUCCUUCCUAGCUUCCCUCGGAAUAUCUUGCCGGAAUGUCGGUGGAGGCAUUUCCCGACGCGUUUUCCGGCGACCGGGAGGAUGGGGUUGAGCAAUUGAGCAUAAUGUGGGGGCAAGUGAAAGCGCCGCUCAUAGUCCCGAUGCUUAGAGUAGCUGUUUUUGUGUGCCUGUUAAUGUCGGUGAUGCUGUUCAUCGAGAGAGUAUACAUAGGGGUUGUGAUAGCUCUGGUGAAAGUGUUUGGGAGAAAACCAGAAAAACGGUACAAAUGUGAGCCGUUGAAAGAUGAUGACGUGGAGCUGGGGGAUUCAGCUUAUCCCACGGUUCUUGUUCAAAUCCCCAUGUACAAUGAGAAAGAGGUGUAUCAGCUGUCAAUAGGAGCUGCAUGUGGGCUUUCAUGGCCGUCAGAUCGUAUCAUAGUCCAAGUUCUUGAUGACUCCACCGACCCUUUCAUCAAGAAUAUGGUGGAAAAGGAGUGUCAAAGAUGGGCAGGCAAAGGGGUAAACAUAAAGUAUGAGAUUAGAGACAACAGAAAUGGGUAUAAGGCAGGGGCAUUAAAGGAAGGGUUGAAGCAUCCUUAUGUGAAGCAAUGUGAUUACGUAGCCAUCUUUGAUGCUGAUUUUCGACCCGAGCCUGAUUUCCUCUGGCAAACCAUUCCUUACCUCGUCCAUAAUCCCCGUCUUGCCCUCGUCCAAGCUCGCUGGAAAUUCGUAAAUGCGGAUGAAUGCUUGAUGACAAGAAUGCAAGAAAUGUCAUUAGAUUAUCAUUUCACGGUGGAGCAAGAAGUGGGGUCAUCCACCUAUGCAUUUUUCGGCUUUAAUGGAACGGCUGGUGUGUGGAGACUGGCUGCAAUUGAGGAGGCUGGUGGGUGGAAGGACCGGACCACAGUUGAGGACAUGGACUUGGCUGUCCGUGCCAGCCUCAAAGGCUGGAAAUUCCUGUACCUUGGCUCCCUUAAGGUGAAGAAUGAACUACCAAGCACAUUUAAGGCAUAUCGCUACCAACAGCACAGAUGGUCCUGUGGUCCUGCAAAUCUUUUCAGGAAAAUGCUGAUGGAGAUCGUGAGAAACAAGAAAGUAAACUUGUGGAAGAAGGUUCAUGUGAUCUACAGCUUCUUCUUUGUCAGAAAGAUCAUAGCCCAUAUUGUCACUUUUGUUUUCUACUGUCUAGUAUUGCCUGCAACUGUUCUUAUCCCUGAGGUUCAAGUUCCUACAUGGGCAUGUGUUUAUAUUCCCACAAUCAUCACUCUUCUCAAUGCGGUAGGAACUCCAAGGUCAUUGCAUUUGCUAGUGUUCUGGAUACUUUUCGAGAAUGUGAUGUCUCUCCACCGGACCAAGGCUACCUUCAUCGGGCUGUUGGAAGCGGGCAGAGUGAAUGAAUGGAUCGUAACUGAGAAACUAGGAGAUGCUGCGGCUUUCAAGCUAAAACCAGCAGCAACACUAAAAUCAUCAUCAUUUAAAAAACAUCUGUUAAGGAUUGGAGAAAGGAUCCAUGUGCUAGAGCUUGCAACGGGUGCCUAUCUCUUCUACUGCGGAUGCUACGAUGUCGCGUUCGGGAAGAACAAUUAUUUCCUAUACCUCUUCAUCCAAUCAAUAGCCUUCUUCAUAGCUGGAUUCGGAUAUGUUGGCACAUUUGUCCAUAGUUCUUAACACAACAUUUGUUGUCACUCCUUGGCUGAUAAUGCAUAUGAAUCUUUUUGUGCUUGUCUUCAGAUCACCAGAUCAGAAGGACAGCAUCUUUCACCUGGAUGUAUUUUUUAUUCUUUUUUCUUUUCCAUACAUUCUCAAUUCUUUCCUUGUAAAAUAGAAGAAAACUGGUUAUUUGGAUUAGGUUGUAAGUCAUAAGAAUUCAAGUUGUGGACUGAAUGAAUAAUGGAUAGAUUAUCCUUGUGUAUAUUUCAACAUUCAAAGGCAAUGAAGAUACAGAAAAGAUCUCAAAAGAUGCACUGUCACUCUCAGAAAGGAAAACUCAGCACGAGAAAAUGGGAAAAACAAAGAAGCAAGGAGUCACUGCUCCAGGACAAUACUGUGAUAGGGCUAGAGCCCCUUCUUUUAGAUUGAAAUCCUUGUGAUUUUGUUAAUUUAAGCCGGAUCUAGUCCCUCUAAAUUGAUAUUGUUUGGUUUUAGAUUAAUACACGUUAUGUAAAUUUUAUUUUUGUGGAUAUACAUAGUAUAAUUUUAAUAAUAUUGUGAGAUAUUAUUCAUACAAGUUUCCCGUCCUUAGCUUAGGUUAUCAUUAGUUAAAAUGCCAAGUGCUAACCAGAACAAUAAUACAUUUAAUUAAAAAAUAAAAUAAUAAUAAUAAUAAUACAUUUAAUCAUGAUAGUCUUGUAUAGAAAUUUUAAAAAAAUAGAAGUUUUCUAUAUAGUACAUGAACAUAACACAUUUCCUGUAUUAUUCUAUGUCUUCCCCCAAAUACAACGCAUACCAUCCGCAAAAGAAGAAAUUUUAAAAGCUUAGAUUAUUUUAGUAGGAUGGACUACGUCCUACUUUAGUAAUACUAAUACCUUAUAAUCAGCCUUAUUCAUAACUAUAAACAUAUAAAUAUAUCACAUAAUAACAUAUUAACUCACAAUAUUAUGAAAAUUGAAAAUAACUGAAUAUGUACUCCUAUUUUGG